AUGGUCAGACAGAAGACAGUUGUCCAUGGGUAUGAACAGGUCGCGCAGUUCAUGUCAGCCCAUGAUGAAUUCGCAAUUCUCCGACGAUUCCGGGCACUGAACAUGAAAAAUCUGCUCUAUCUCCAAGCUGAAAUUCUUCACUUGGAAGAAGACCUAUCGGAGUUAUCGACCAGAGACACAGAAUUUCCCGGGCGCAGAUACCAUGGAAGAGACUGGUGGUCCCUGGCAAACGGGCAAGAAGAGGGCGAUCAGGAGCAGUGGGCAAAGGUUCUGCAUCUUCGCGAGACGUUGGCUACAUACAACGAUGCUGUGUUGAAACAGGCCCAGUUUGCUCGUCUCGCGGAACCCUCACGGCACGACCUUGAUCUGAUGCGCACCUGGCUUCAAAGACCUUCAAUGGGAAAUUUUCCCUUGUUAGGUUUGGACCGGGCAACCUGGGACAAAGAUCACGAGACAGAUCUUGUGGCCCUUCGGCCCCGUCGGCAGAGCGACUUCUUUUCCAACUGGGUGAUCGAGAACGUUGUCCCAAAGUUUCAUCAUUUCAUCGGGGCGAAAUUCAAGGCAAGUGUUCCUCAACUCUAG